AUGUCCUUAGCAGGCACGUACGAUGGGAAAGUAACCAUAGGCUUCAAUCGUCGCCUCAAUAACCUUGCAAACACCGUCGCUGCUGCAGCCAAGGCGGUUGAUCAGAUUGGCAGUCUCCAUGCCAUUGAACUGGGCAACGAACCCAACUUCUUCAGCAGCAGUGACCCGAUCGCUCAAGGUUCUUCCUGGACAGCUUCAGCGGACUACAACAGCGAAGUAUCCUGGCAAGACGCCGUGUGCGGUAAUCUCUCCGCUUCCAACCUCAUCUCCGCUGGUGUGUUCUUCGGAACCAGCCCGAUGAGCAUCGCUGGUCUGACUACGGUCGAGGGUCAGGCCAACAACUAUGUCAGACAGUACUGCUCGCACAACUACCCGCAGUCCAAGAGCACAGCCAAUCUAGCAAAAUUGAUGAGCCACAGCGCUAUUGCCUCACAGAUCAAGCCUUUUGCUAAUGAGGUUGCAGCCGCGUCGGCCAAGGGCAAGCCUCAUGUCUUUGGAGAGACCAACUCUGCUACCCAGGGCGGUGGAGGUAUCAGCCCAACUUAUGGUGCUGGGCUGUGGCUUCUCGACUAUGUCAUGCAGUCCCUGAUCAUGGGUACAGAGACUCUGUACUUCCACCACGGCACCAUCGGAAAUUGCCAGUACUGCUGGUGGGGCAGGUACUCUAUGGGUUCUCCUUACUUCGGUGCUUACUUUGCUACCAUGGCUCUCGCCGGCGCCGACAAGAUCGCCCCGUUAGAUGAUCAGACGACCGGAUACGCAGCUUAUGCCAUCUACAAAGACGACAAGCCUGUCAGGGUUCUUCUGUAUAACUCUGACUACUACACCACUGGCACUCGUUCUUCUCAGACCUUCACUCUAACAGGACUCUCUGGCUCCACUGUUUCAGCCAAGAGACUCACUGCCGCUGCUUCCACGUCCAGAGUCGAUGCCGGCCAGAGUCCGACUGUUGCGGGGCAGACGUUUGAGAAUGGAUCGUGCAAGAUUCAAGGCCAGAGUACGGCUGAGUCGGCUACUGUAUCGGGAGGAAAGGCGACUUUUACUCUCCAGGCUUCCGAGGCUCUCCUGGUGAUGCUGUAA